AUGGUCAAGUUUCGACGAUCGCUGAAGAGCGAUAAACACGACUCCAAACCGCAUCAUAAUUCCAUUCCGGCGAAAGACGCCAUCGCCAUCCUACCUCCGAAGAAGGUCAUCAAAGCGCUCUACGACUACGUACCUCCGAACGACACCACGUACCUGAAAUUCUCCCAAGGCGAUUUCCUACACGUCGUCGGCCGCGAAAACGACGAGGACUGGUACGAAGCCUGCAAUCCGCUCGUGGGCGCCCGCGGCCUCGUGCCCGUCAAGUACUUCGAAUCCAUAGACAAGCGCGUCCGCAACUCGGGCGACUCCACCGGCUCCGACCCGAACUCCAGCUCCCACGACUCCGGGUAUGCCGAGAACGCCCCAAACGCUUCCUCGAACGUCGCUGCUGGUGAGAACUCGCGCGCCGCCGUCCGGAUGUCGAAACUGAGGGGUGCGGGCAACAUGGUGUAUGGCAUCGUCAUGUACGAUUUCAAGGCAGAGAGGCCCGAUGAAUUGGAGGCGCGGGAGGGCGAGGCCAUCAUCGUGAUUGCGCAGUCGAAUCCCGAGUGGUUCGUCGCGAAGCCGAUUACCAGACUGGGUGGACCGGGGUUGAUCCCCGUGUCGUUUGUCGAGAUUCGCGAUAUGACGACCGGUCAACCGGUCCCGGAUGCUGGAGCCGCCGUGCAAAGAGCAGGUGUGCCGAAGGUCGAGGAGUGGAAGAAGAUGGCAGCGGACUACAAGAACGGUAGCAUUCCGUUGGGCCGAUUGGGAGAAGAAUUGACUCCGAGCAGCUCGACGAGCAUGCAACAAGGGAUGCAGAACAUGAGCGUAUCGUCGAAGAAUCCGAAAUACUCAUCGAACGGCUACUCCACAGGGGGCAAUGGGGCACAACCACGAUUCAGCGACGCCAGCAGAACCGCGCCACAACUGCUGGCAGCCAUAAACGCGUCCGUCCCUCGCUACUGCUUCGCCGACGACAUCUUCUGGUUCAUCGUCGAAUGCAAAAUGGAAGACGGCCGUUACUGGGAGCUCUCCCGACUGUACCAAGACUUCUACGACCUGCAAAUCAACCUCAUCCAAGAAUACCCCUACGAGGCCGGCAAUGUCGAGGGCGUCGAGCGCUCCCUCCCCUACAUGCCCGGUCCCGUCACCUACGUCACUGACAACAUCUCCAACGGUCGCCGCCAGAACCUCGACGAAUACAUCCGAAACCUCCUCAAGCUCGGCUCUCACAUCACACAGGGCUACCUCGUCCGCCGCUUCUUCGCCCCACGGCCCGGUGACUACGAAAUCGACCCAGAAGUCGCUGACAACUAUCGCCUAUCCGGUGAGGCCGAUCCUUCGCAUGGCUAUAGCGCCGGCGGCGGCAACCCAUACGCGCAGUCAUCCCAGCCGCCACCGCAACAACAGCAGCAGCAACAACAACAACAGCAACAACAACAACAGCAACAACAACAACAGCAACAACAACAACAGCAACAACAACAACAACAGCAACAACAGCAACAACAGCAACAACAGCAGCAGCAGCAGCAGCAGCAGCGGGGCGCACCCGGGGGUAAUCCGCCGUCCCACUUCCGAGGCAACUCCGGACUCGAGCCGCCGUCAUCAAUGCCCCGCAACAACUCGUCACUGACGCAAGGGUCGAACAGCGGGGCCUCGGGGCCGACCGCGACAGGCGCAGCGGUCAAGAUCAAGGUGUGGUUCAGCGCAGAGAAUUGCGUGGUGAUCCGGAUGCCGCCCGGGUUCCGGUUCGCCGACCUGUACCGGAAGCUGAAGGAGCGGCGCAGUCUGGAGAAGCUCCCCGGCGAUGAGGACGGGAAGGCAGACCUGCUGGUGGAGUAUCGCGACGAUGGGGAGGGGCGGAUGCGGGUGAUUAAGGGAGAUGAGGGACUGCGGGAGGCGUUGGAGCGGAGUCCAAAGUUGACGUUGAGUCCAAAGCCGCUGGAGCCACUUGUCACCGAACUUCGUCCUCUCAUUAUGACGGCACAUGACGAAUACGGGAGAUUUCGCAAGAAUACUGGAGUUCCAAAUCCUGAGGACGACGAAAUGAAUGCGAGUUCCGAAAAUAGUCAUGUAGACGAACCAAGACCUCAACUACACUCCACAGUUGAGGCCAUCCUCCUCACAUUGGAGUUCAUGGAUGAUUCCCGAAAAGAAUGGUGGCUAAGUCCUGAGAAGUAUCGGUUACGAAAGUCCUGGAGUGAGGAAGGAGAGCAGAAGAAGCUUUCGACUCUGCAUGCUAUCAACAACAAGACGGAGGAGAAUAUAUCGAGCAUGAAAGUGAAGGUUGGUAUGUUCUGUCGGUACAAUUUGAACAUGGAUGCAGCGAAGCUUUUGGAGAAGGCAUAA